AUGCUGACAUCAAAUGAUAAUAAGCACCAAAUAAAUGAUGAAAUUAUGGAUUCAAUACGGAUUCAAAAUAUUUAUAUCGAAAGAAAAUACAUAAAACUUGAAUCUGUAUUAGGAAUGGGAGAGUUCGGCAAAAUUUAUAAAGCAUUACUCUUUGAUCAACAAAUACAUAAUGAGAUACAAGUGGCCGCAAAAACUAUAAAAAAGUCAAAGAUAAGUGAUGUCAAUACUAUCGAAACAUUUCUAAAGGAAGGCCUUAUAAUGAAAGACUUCAAUCAUUUGAAUGUCUUAACACUUAUAGGUGUCUGCUUUGAAACAACCGGUGAACCGAUAAUUGUUUUACCUUUUAUGUCAAACGGAGAUUUGUUAUCAUAUAUUAGAAAUGAUAACAAUUAUCUAACAGCAAGAAUGCUACUCAUGUUUGCCAUCGAUAUAGCAAAAGGUAUGUCUUAUCUAUCGGAACAUCAUAUCAUUCACCGGGAUUUGGCCGCUCGUAACUGUCUUAUCGACGAUAAAUUAUUAGUCAAAAUAGCAGACUUUGGUUUAUCAAGAGAUUUGUUUAAUAAAGAUUAUUACAAAAGUAUUAAUCAAAAAUGUAAACUUCCGGUCAAAUGGAUGUCACCCGAGAGUCUGGAAAGAGGUAUAUAUGAUACCAAAACUGAUGUCUGGUCUUAUGGUGUACUCGUAUGGGAACUGAUGACCCGCGGAGUUAAACCAUAUCCUAAUGUGUCCAACAACAUUAUGCUGACAUCAAAUGAUAAUAAAUACCAAAUAAGUGAUGAAAUUAUGGAUUCAAUACGGAUUCAAAAUAUUUAUAUCGAAAGAAAAAACAUAAGACUUGAAUCUGUAUUAGGAAUGGGAGAGUUCGGCAAAGUUUAUAAAGCAUUACUAUUUGAUCAACAAAUACAUAAUGAGAUACAAGUGGCCGCAAAAACUCUUAAAAAAUCAAAGAUAAAUGAUAUGAAUGCUAUCAAAACCUUUCUAAAGGAAAGCCUUAUAAUGAAAGACUUCAAUCAUUUGAAUGUCUUAAAACUAAUUGGUGUUUCAUUUGAACUAAAUGGUGAACCCAUAAUUGUUUUACCUUUUAUGGCAAACGGAGAUUUGUUAUCAUAUAUUAGAAAUGAUAACAAUUAUCUAACAGCAAGAAUGCUACUCAUGUUUGCCAUCGAUAUAGCAAAAGGUAUGGUUUAUCUAUCGGAACAUCGUUUCAUUCAACGGGAUUUGGCCGCACGUAACUGUGUUAUCGACGAUAAAUUAUUAGUCAAAAUAGCAGACUUUGGUUUAUCGAGGGAUUUGUUUAAUAAAGAUUAUUACAAAAGUAUUAAUCAAAAAUGUAAACUUCCGGUCAAAUGGAUGUCACCCGAGAAUCUGGAAAAAGGUAUAUAUGAUACCAAAACUGAUGUCUGGUCUUAUGGUAUACUCGUAUGGGAACUGUUGACCCGCGGACAUACACCGUAUCCUAAUAUAUCCAACAAUAUGAUUGAUAAAUAUUUAAAACAUGGAAACCGUUUACUAAAACCACACUAUUGUCCACAAAUUGUUUAUAAAAACGUAUUGAUGUGCUGUUGGUCUAAUAAUUCGCAAAUGAGACCAACAUUUGCUGAACUUGUCGUAGAAAUUGAAUCAAUAAUUGAAAAAAUUGGUAAAUGA